AUGGCGAGUAGUGGUAAUGUGGUCUGGGAGCGCUUCGAAGAGCAGACCAAGCUCGCGUUUGUGAGAGAUCCACUGCACUCGCGUUUUUUCUUCAAGACGCGCGUGAUGGCCACUAGGAACGUCAAGGUGACAGCACGCGUGUCGCACCAGCAUACGAAAUCUACGUCAUCGUCGCCUUUGAAUGCUGCAAAACGAAACGAGGCGGUCAAGUAUGUCACGUCGGACAUGACCAACUUGUCCCGACUGACGCGACUGCUACGGUUUGUCAUGCAAGAGGUUCUGGGCGCUAUGAAGGCACUGCCAGCACCUACGACAGCGUUGCUCUCUUCUCCGUCGCAGCUUGCAGAGACGCCGGCACCUGGGAAUCAAGGUGGCAACAAGAAAACGCAUUCGAAGAAGAAGAAGAAAGCAGCCAAGAAGUAG